AUGUUGUUUGUAAAUUGCGCAGCCGAAGAAAAAUCUCCUAUUGAAACAUUAAUUGAUACAGGCGCUAACGCAGAUUUAAUUACCCAAAAAUUUAUUAACGAGUCGGGAAAGGUUGAACUGCAAACUAGUUUUAGCAGAGCUAGUUCUACUAAUGUUGGUGGGAAGCAUAAAAGUACCGAUCCCGUUGAAUUCUUGGUUGUUGAACCAGAUUGGCCUGGGCCUGAUUUAAUGUUAGGAAACCCAUGGUUGCAAAAAAAUGGCGCAAUAAUUAAUAUGUGUAAUAACAAACUUUCUAUACAUGAUAAUUUUGCAAUCCCAAUUUUCCAAAGCGGAUAA